AGCUGGCUUGACCUCGUCUCGUGAGGUCAGUUGUUACCUUACUCUCUUCAAGGCGCUGGUGUGUCUCUUAAUUUUCGUGUGGUAGAAAAAAUUAUUUGGAAGAAGCAGUUCUCCAGAUUUAUUUUUAUACGGUUGGUGCUCAAGGAUUAUUGAACCAGAAGAGUUCCUGGCAUUUGCAAGCAAUUAGCUCUCUACCUUGAUUGAUUAAAAGAAAUGGGCAGCCACAACUACCAAGACACACCAAUGCCACGUCGUCAUUCUCUCCUGGACGUCUCUCUCGCUCCAAAAUGGCGGCACAGGAGUCAUUCGUUGGGGCUCGUCAAUGUGUCUGGAUUUUCGCCAGGAUUAAGUCAGAUGAGCACGAGUGGCAGCCAGAGAACGCCCGCCACCCCUUGCUUCGUCAGUCCUCGAAUGGCCUUUUCUACGCAGUUCUCUUACGAUUCUCCCAUCCAGAUCCUGACUUCCAGCAGCCCUGGCGCCCUAACCCCUGCCGCGGUGUCCAAACUGAAGGGGCGGUGUUCCAUGAAGAGGCUGUCCCGUCGCUGGAAGAUCGUGUUGAUCAUGUUCUUCACGGCUCUCGGCACGGGCCUCUUCAUAAGCAGGAAGAUGAGCGAAAUCUCCAGUAUGCACAAGAGUUCUUGUGAAGACGGUGAACACGGCGAACACGGCUGUGAAACGGACCACCGCCAUCCAGGACUCGCCGAGCGAUUCAUGGACGUAGUUUCCAUCGACAAAGUCCACGAGCACUUCCACACCCUGGCGAGAGGCCUGCGCAGGAACCUGGAAGGGAAGGAGCAGCAGCAGCAGGGAGAACCGGCAGGAGAGGAACAAGAGGCUGAAAAAGAGGAUCAGACGCUCGAGGAGACUUUGUUCGACACGGAGACCACCGCAGAAGACUUGGAAGAACAAGAACAAGAAAAAGAGCAAAAGGAACUAGAGGAUGAACGGGCGUUGGGCGUUCCCGACAGGCACCCAAGAGGUCUCGGAGAACAGACCACGUACGGGACGAGAAAUUCUGAAGGGGGACGAAAGGUGGUCGAAUCCGAGUACCAAGAGGACGGGGAAGACGCCCCUCCCGCGGGCCAAAGGGCGUCGCACCUCGCACCCCAGCAGAGGCAGCCGGAGGUGACCUACAGGCGAACAGGAAGUCCCCCAAAGAAGAUAGUAGCAGCGCAGACCAGGGCGCAGGGAAAGCCUUCGUCUGCCUGGUCUCAACAGCUGAACCAACAGCAGCAGAAACGGAACCACCAGCAGAACUACCAGCAGAACCAGCAACAGAACCUUGGCCAGCGGAGAAGCGAGAGCCAUCGAGGACAAAGACCACCUCAAGACGGCCGCAGGUUCGCGCAGGGCAAGCGACCGCUGAGGACCCCGCCUGGCGUUAAUCCUAGAAGAUAUGAAAUGUGAUAAUGUUGCUCAAGGAAACCCUGUAAGAUUUUACGUAAGGUAACUUAUCUUUUUAAAGAUGAUGAACAUAGGCUGUGGAGAGUACUGUAAUUUUUAAUAUUCCGAUAGGUGAUUUUAUAAAUUUUUAAUAAGACGAUAUUUGCCUAAUAUAAUAAAUAAUUAAGGUAA